AGCCGCCCCGAGCCGCCCCGAGCCGCCCCGAGCCGCCCCCCGAGCCGCCCCGAGCCGCCCCCGAGCCGCCGCCGCCGCGCUGCUCAGUUCACGUCGCUGCUCACUUCACGACAUGGCACGGUCGCUGGCACUGCUGCUGCUUGUCCUCCUCGCCGGGCUCCUCUCGUGUCCCGGCGCCAUGGCCCGCUACGCGCCUGACUGCGCCAAGUAUGGGAACUAUGCGUGUCCAAGGGACUACCAUCCCGUUUGUGGCACUGAUGGAGAGACCUACGGAAACGAGUGUGUUCUCUGCCUUGCUAACAGUGAAGAUAACACGAAUAUAGAAAUUCUCCGAAAGGGACAUUGCUGAUAUGACAGUUGGCCACUUUUCAAGAAAAUAAGAGGGUCACAGACAAUCCAAAUGGAAACAAUGCCUUAAGUGUACUUUCUAUGUAGUCUGUCUUAAUAAACAAGCUUGCAUAUUUAAAGUAUGUUUACUGCACUGAAAUCAGUAAACUGCAUUGUAAACAUAUCAAUAGUACAGUUGUAACCUGAACCCUGAUUUGUUUUCUUACUAAAGAUGGAUCAUAAGAAAGAGAUGUUCUGACUCUAUACCAGAGAAGGGAUUGAGUGCACCAAGGAAGGAAGUGAAUGGGUACCAAGUGCCACUCCCACAGCCCCGCCUGGGAUCAAGAAGGCCCCACCAUCUGUGUCAAAGGCAGUGUUCUUUGGUUCUGGGAUAUUCUGAGCCCACAGGUGCCACCAACCCCU